GCCGUUUUUCUUCCUUAGUCACUGUUCCACAUGCUGGAGCCCUGCUGUCCUGGGGAUGGCUGAGCACCUGCCUGACUAUGGGAAGUGGUGACAGUGACUGGCCCCAAAUAUAAGAGUGGCUUUUCUGAAAACAUCCUACCUGACUCAGAAUAAUGGAUAUCAAAGACAGAAGACACCGUUCUCUGACCAGGGGCCGGUGCGGAAAGGAGUGUCGCUAUACAAGUUCUUCACUGGAUAGUGAAGACUGCAGAGUACCAACUCAGAAGUCUUACAGCUCAAGUGAGACACUGAAGGCAUAUGAUCACGACACCAGGAUGCACUAUGGAAAUCGAGUUUCUGACCUUGUUCACAGGGAGUCGGAUGAAUUUCCAAGACAAGGAACAAACUUUACCCUUGCAGAACUAGGAAUCUGUGAACCUUCUCCCCAUCGAAGUGGCUACUGCUCAGACAUAGGAAUUCUCCAUCAAGGCUAUUCCUUGAGCACAGGCUCUGAUGCUGACUCAGACACAGAGGGAGGAAUGUCUCCAGAGCAUGCCAUCAGGCUGUGGGGAAGAGGGAUCAAAUCCAGGCGAAGUUCCGGUCUGUCAAGUCGUGAAAACUCAGCUCUCACACUUACCGACUCUGAUAAUGAAAAUAAGUCAGAUGAGGAGAACGAUUUUCACACACACCUUUCUGAGAAAUUGAAAGACAGACAGACAAGCUGGCAGCAGCUGGCUGAGACAAAGAACUCUCUAAUACGUCGUCCCAUUCCACCUACAUCCUCGUCUAGCCUUCUCCCAUCUGCUCAGCUGCCCAGUUCUCAUAAUCCUCCACCAGUUAGCUGCCAGAUGCCAUUGCUAGACAGCAAUACGUCCCAUCAAAUCAUGGACACCAAUCCUGAUGAGGAGUUCUCUCCUAAUUCAUAUCUACUAAGAGCGUGUUCAGGGCCACAGCAGGCCUCCAGCAGUG